GAGAGAUCCCUCCACUUGUGAUAGGCUGGCGGGAGGGGAAGGGGUCUCGGAGGGCCGCCCUCUCCUCCCUUGCCCUGGCGGGCUCGGUUGCGUGGCGGGACUCGGGUCCAGACUGAGGCGCCGUCGGGACGCGGCGCGGCGGCGGCGGCGGCGGGGGAAAAUGGCGCUGACUCAGGGGACCAAGCGGAAAGUCUGCUACUAUUACGACGGGGACAUUGGAAACUAUUAUUAUGGUCAAGGUCACCCCAUGAAGCCUCACAGAAUCAGGAUGACUCACAACCUUCUUCUCAACUAUGGUCUUUACAGGAAAAUGGAAAUCUAUCGACCUUACAAAGCAAGUGCUGAGGAGAUGACCAAAUACCACAGCGACGAUUACAUCAAAUUUCUGCGGUCCAUUCGCCCAGAUAACAUGUCUGAAUACAGCAAGCAGAUGCAGCGAUUCAAUGUUGGAGAAGAUUGCCCUGUGUUUGACGGACUGUUUGAGUUCUGCCAACUUUCUGCAGGAGGCUCCGUUGCAAGCGCCGUGAAACUAAACAAGCAGCAGACGGACAUCGCCGUGAACUGGGCUGGGGGCUUGCAUCACGCCAAGAAAUCAGAGGCGUCUGGCUUCUGUUACGUCAAUGACAUCGUCCUGGCUAUCUUGGAAUUGCUCAAGUACCACCAGAGAGUCUUGUAUGUUGACAUCGACAUCCACCAUGGCGAUGGUGUGGAGGAAGCGUUCUACACCACAGACCGUGUCAUGACAGCGUCCUUCCAUAAGUAUGGGGAAUAUUUCCCAGGAACUGGGGAUCUGCGGGAUAUUGGUGCGGGCAAAGGAAAAUAUUAUGCUGUCAACUACCCUCUCCGGGACGGGAUCGAUGACGAGUCUUACGAAGCCAUUUUCAAGCCGGUGAUGUCUAAAGUGAUGGAGACAUUCCAGCCAAGUGCCGUUGCACUGCAGUGUGGCUCAGAUUCCUUAUCGGGGGACAGAUUGGGUUGUUUUAAUCUGACCAUUAAAGGUCAUGCCAAGUGCGUGGAGUUUAUCAAAGGCUUUAAUUUGCCCAUGCUGAUGCUGGGAGGUGGUGGCUACACGAUCCGUAAUGUGGCCCGGUGUUGGACAUACGAGACGGCUGUGGCGUUGAACACAGAGAUUCCAAAUGAGCUUCCUUACAAUGAUUACUUCGAAUACUUUGGGCCGGAUUUCAAACUCCACAUCAGCCCUUCCAACAUGACCAACCAAAACACCAAUGAAUACCUGGAAAAGAUAAAGCAACGUCUCUUUGAGAACCUGAGGAUGCUCCCCCAUGCUCCUGGAGUGCAGAUGCAGCCAAUUCCAGAGGACGCCGUGCCGGAGGAGAGUGGCGACGAAGAAGAGGAAGAUCCUGACAAACGGAUUUCCAUUCGCUCUUCGGACAAGAGAAUCGCCUGCGAAGAGGAAUUCUCGGACUCGGAGGACGAAGGGGAAGGCGGACGCAAAAAUGUUGCCAAUUUCAAAAAGGCUAAACGGUCAAAAACGGAAGAACAGGAGAAGGAGGAGGAGAAGAAAGAAGUACACGAAGAGGAGAAGAGAAAAGAAGAACCAGCAGAGGCCAAAAGCAUAAAGGAAGAGGUGAAGCCCACCUAAGAAACGUUGGACGGCUGGGGAACGCCACACCUCCCUGGUUCUCCAGUUCAGCACUCUGGUUCCCUCCCUGUUCCAUGAGAUUUGUAUUUUAUAUGUUUCUGUUGGUUUUCUAUAAAUCUGGGGGUGGGGGGGACUUGAGACCUGGCUGCCCUUCCCUGGGAGAGCUGCCAGGAGGGAGGUCCUGAAUAGGCUUAUCCCAGAGAGCGCCCUUUACGAGAUUCCUGCUUCUCCCGUCCCUCUUGCUUUUGCAUAGGGGAGAUUUGCGUGUUUCCUUUUGGAAAGCAAACCCCAAACUUCCCUUCUGUUUUUAAAGCAGGGGCUCUCAACCUUGGCAACUUUAAGACGUGUGGACUU